CCCCUCGUCGCCAUGUCCACCGAGCGCGCCGUCUACCUCCGAGUCCUCGACAGCCUCCGCAUCUCCGACAAGAGGGUCCAGAAAACCGCCGUCUCGCUCAUGCGCUCCGUGAAGUACAAAAUACACGCCUCCAUGGGGCCCGACGGCUUCAAGCAGCCCAGCAAAUCCAACCUUCUCGAGCAGGCCUACUGCAUCUGCGCCCACUUCUCCUGCAACCGCUUCCGCCUCUCCUUCGACCUCCAACUCGCCAUCCACCUCUUCGGGUUCACCAACCGCACCUACUGCACCACGUUCGACCUCGUCUGCAACCUCCUAGACAUCCCUCGACAAUCCAUCUCCUAUCUCUGCGACGAACUCGGCUGUCCCUCCGUAAAGGACGCCGCUCUCUCCCUCUACCUCCGCUACAGACAACGCUCGUGCUACAACCUAGACCUGUUCGUUCUCUACAGAAACCACGACCAUUCAAUCCUCGCCGCCGUCGUCUGCGCCCACGAAAAACUCUCCCUCGAACUCCCACCCUCACUGCUUCUCCACGUCGACUCCUCCCGCUCCGGCUCCUGGGACAGCGUCUACUCCGACAUGAAAAGGGUCGCCAAACUCCACCCGCGCCACUGCCCCUCCCGACCCUCCCACAAGACCCCAACCCCCAGCUCCUCUCCUCGCGUCGCCUUGACAGCUCUCACCAAACCACAAAACGACGACGCCCACCCGCUCUCACCUCCCCUCCCCUCCCCCUCUCCCAACUCCCGAGCCCCCUCUCCCGAGCCCCACCAGGCCAUCUCCCCCACCUCCCGAAAAGACCGCGCCGCCGAGGAAAGCCGAAUUCUCGCUUGGAAGCAAGCCGUUCUCUCCUCUUGCAACCACUGAACUCCCAUCCCCCCUCUCUCGGCUCUUCCAAUCCACCUCUCUCCCCCCCCCCACCCCUCUUCGGCUCGCGCACCCCCUCGCGUCGGCACCCGCUCCCACUCACGGGCGCCACACGCCAUCGCCCAGUCCGCGCCGUUCGCGCGCUGACAGGUGAGGAGAAACCUAGCCGUUAGCACAAAAACACUUUUUUUUUUCACCUGUCAAAAACUCUUGGCACUCAUGUCCGAGCACAGACCCUCCAGGGCCUCCGCCUGAGAAGCCAGCAUCAGCUCCUCUAUAAACGCGUCCAGGUACUCCCCGUUCAUCAUUCGGUCCAUUCCGUGAAGCGUAAGCCCAACUCGGUGAUCGGUGAUGCGGUCUUGCUGGAAGUUGUACGUGCGAAUGCGCUCGUGACGGUCGCCACUCCUAAUCUGCAACCUCCGACUCUCGGCGCGCUGGUUCGACAGCCUAGUCCGCUCCAAAUCGUAGAGACGCGCCUUCAAAAUCUUUAGCGCCUUUUGCUUGUUGCUGUGUUGAGAACGCUCGUCUUGUAUACACACGGCUAUUCCCGUAGGAAUGUGUGUAAUUCUAACGGCGCUGUCCGUAGUGUUUACGUGCUGUCCUCCCGCUCCCGAGGAUCUCUUCGUUUCAAUUCUCAGGUUCUGCGGGCGCAGGUCUAUGUUUAUGUCUUCUGCCUCCGGCAACACCGCUACCGUCGUCGUGCUUGUAUGAACGCGCCCCAGCGUCUCCGUCUCCGGUAUCCUCUGAACGCGGUGAACGCCCACCUCGUACUUCAACAUACCAUACGCCCGAUCACCCUUGAUGCACGCGGUCGCCUCGCGCAGCCCGUCGACGUCGCUCUCUGUCAAACUCAACGUCUCAAACGACCAACUCCUUCUCUGUGCGUAGCGCUGAUACAUCUUGUACAUGUCCAUCGCGAAUAGCCCAGCUUCCAAUCCCCCGGUUCCCGGACGAAUCUCUAUAAUCGCCGACCCUUCAUCCGCUGCAUCUUUCGGCAACAACCCUAGUAACAAGCUGUUUUCUAAGUCGCGAAGACCGCCCAUAACCUCUCCGUAUUCCUGCUCCGCCAUCUCGCGCAACUCCGCACAUGAUCCGGCGUCGCUCGCCAACUUUUUCAACUCUUCCGCUAGCUUCACCUGUCUGUCGUAUUCUUCAAUCAUGUCCACCUCCUCCUUCAGGCUCCUCGUCAUUUCCGCUGUCCCCUUCGGGCUGGGACCAACCACCUUUCGCGCACACCUCCUUAGUCCCCCUUCCUUUUCUUCGAUGGAGCUCCUCUACGACCGUACCUCUCUUUGAAGCUUCUCGUUCAGAGACCGAUAUCUUUCCACCUUCGCCUGCAUAGCCGCUCGAAUCUUGGGUGUGAUUCGAAGCUCCGGCUUCCCUUCAACGCGCUCUCCGGGUCAGCAACAAAAACAAACAAAAAUAAAAAAAAACCAGCACCCAUACUUAGAUCUCCGACCGACGCAUAUUGCUGCCUCCUCCUAAGCACAGGAGGUACAUGACUCUGCGUCUUCCGCUCUGUCCGAUAAAGACACACAUGUCAGUGAUCUCUUCCCAAGAAAAAACGAUUACGAAUAAAUACAAACCCCCGCCCUCUUUGCUUUA